AGUGUGGGGGGCCGCUGACCGCCCUGGAGGGGCAUUUCUCCACCCCAAACCACCCGCAGCCAUACCCGCACCAGCAGCUGUGCCUCUGGAAGAUCUUGGUGCCCCCGGGCCACGUCAUCGACCUGCACUUCCACAACUUCAGCCUGGAGUCGCACGAAGAGUGCAGCUUCGACUUCGUGGAGGUGCACGACAGCGCGGGCACGGGGACCGCCAGCCUCAUGGGCAGGUUCUGUGGCCACCAGCUGCCACCCUCCCUGACCUCCUCACGGCACGUCAUGACCGUCCUGUUCGUGGCAGACGAGGGAGUGGCGGAUGACGGGUUCUUUGCCACCUACCAAGCCCGAAAUGCCACAGAGAAGACCUGCAGCCCCGCCGAGUUUUCCUGUGGGAAUGGCGAGUGCCAGGCUCUGGAGGCUGUGUGUGACGGCUGGCACGACUGCCCCGACGGCACUGACGAGCUGAACUGCACCGGGGUGUCCUACCCGGCCUUUGGGUCUGUCUGCGAGCCCGUGGAAGUGGAGAUGUGCUUGGGGCUGGGCUACAACGCCACCUCCUUCCCCAACAUCUGGCUGGCCAUCCCGGACCAGGAGGGCGCGGCCGAGGUGCUGCAGGACUACCAGACCCUGAUGGAGCUGGCGUGUUACCAGCACCUCCGCCCGCUCAUCUGCAGCCUCUUCGUGCCCAAGUGCACCCCGGACGGGGGGGUGCUGCAGCCCUGCCGGACCGUGUGCCAGGCGGCCGAGCUGCGCUGCCGCCAGUCCCUGGGGCUGCUCGGCAUCCUCUGGCCCAUCAACUGCAACAUCCUGCCCGAUUCCAACGACCCCGUGGAGUGCUUCCAGCCCUGAGCCGGCCGGACGAGAGCAGCAGGGGCUCAACUCGCCCUCCCAGCCCUAAAUGUCGCACCCAUCCUCUUGGUGUCAUAAAUACCCAGCUGCUGGGGUGGCCCCUCACCUGCCCUGGGGUCAGCCCGGUGCCCAGUGCUUGGCUCAGUGCCUGGUGCCACGGGCUGGCCCACAGCUGCAGAGCCCCAGAGAGCAGCUGGCACAUCCCACAGGGAAAGGCUUGUGCUGGGGACACCAGAAAAAGGGUUAAUGCCCCUCAAGCGGAGCCAGGCUGGGCAGAGGUGAGCCAGGCUGCAGGCACCAAAUCCCGGACCAGCCCGUGUGCCACAGCCCCAAAGCAGCAGAAUAAACAGCCUGAGCAGCUGACAAAGCCAGUGG